GCUGUGCCAGUGUGCCCUCAAGCCGUAGACCGCCAUGCAUACUCCAUAAUCAUAUCCUCAAUAAUCGAAAAACUUGUAAACAUUAAAAAACAAUAUCAUUAAUUAUUCUUAGCAAUUCUUAGUAAAAAUUUCAUAAUGGAUUUACUUGGUUCUAUAUUAAAAUCUAUGGAUAAGCCUCCACAAAUAAGUGACAAACAGAAGGCGUUAAUAAAAAAGCAACGUGAGGACCAUGCCAAAUUUCAAAAAAUUGAAGCCGAAAAACACAAACGUUUUCGUGAACAGGUGGAAGAAACAGUUGGUAAAUUUUUAAAGAAUGGAAAUGCAAAGGAAUAUAAAUUUCCUCCAAUGGAUCAAGUUCACCGAAGCAUUGUGUUCGUGACACAUGAAUCAGCAGAAGUUGCGAGUGUCUUAGCUUAUACAUUCGGCGAGGAGGGGGUUGAUCGAUACAUUAUCAUAUUCAAAAGAGAGCAUGCACCAUCUGAAGAUCAACUGAGCACUUUGAGACGUGGGGAAGAGUGGAAUGACGAGAUUGCAAAGAAAUUACAACAUAGUAGAGCAAGAGAGGCCAUAGAAGCCGAGGAAGAGGAAAAAUCCAGAAAACGUAAAUUAGAAUUCGUGCCAACAAGCGAUUAUAAACAAAAAUAUGAACAUUUGAUAGGCAAAGAUGCUGCUUUAGAAGCUGCCAGAAAAACUGAAGCAAACAGUAAUUAUGGUUGUGUUCCCAGCGAAAAUAAAAAAGAUCAAAGAAGCAUUGAACAAACGCUGGCAGACAUCAGAGCGAAAAAGCAAAAAUUAGCGAGUCAAAAUGAAAAAUCAAGUGCAUAUAAUGAUCCGAAUAAUACAACUCCAUGAAAUCAAUGUACUUCGAUUUCUAUUGUAAGCAGAAUAAUCAAUUAUAAUUGCCAGAUAUUUAAUUUUA